CGAGGCUUGGAACCCAGAAUCGUCAUACUUCCUGGUGCUGAGUCGUGAGACCGAGUUCGGGGCCACAGCUUCCCAGAGCUGCCCCUCGUACCCCUUGCCUGAUUUGCUGGGGACCUGGAGGUGAUGGGAGUUGGCGAUAAUGCGUCAUCAGAGACCGAGACGGGCAGAUCUCACCAUCGGAGCCACAAGAUGCAUUUAGUGAUCCGGGGGCUUCUCCUCUUCCUCAUCGGGGUCUUCCUGGCUCUGGUGUUAAACCUGCUGCAGGUUCAGAGGAACGUCACCCUCUUCCCCCCGGAUGUGCUGUCCAGCCUCUUCUCCUCCGCGUGGUGGGUGCCACUGUGCUGUGGCAGCGCUGCGGCCGCCAUCGGGCUCCUGUAUCCGUGCAUCGACCGACGCCUGGGAGAGCCGCACAGAUUUAAGCGCGAGUGGUCGAGUGUGAUGCGCUGCGUGGCUGUGUUUGUCGGGAUAAAUCACGCCAGCGCUAAAGUUGAUUUUGCCAACAACAUGCAGCUGUCUCUUACGCUGGCGGCUUUAUCCAUCGGACUGUGGUGGACGUUUGAUCGCUCGCGGAGCGGGUUAGGACUGGGUAUAGGGAUUGCCGUCUUUGCCACGCUGGUGUCCCAGCUCCUGGUGUAUAAUGGGGUUUAUCAAUACACGUCUCCGGACUUCCUGUAUGUGCGAUCCUGGCUGCCGUGCAUAUUCUUUGCUGGUGGGAUCACGAUGGGGAAUAUCGGUCGUCAGCUGGAGAUGUACGAGCGAAAAUCGUUGGCAGAGAAAUCGCAUCGGGACUGAGAACGGACUGCUCGGCGGUGUGCGGCGCGUGGCUGCCGGGACGUGGCUCUGUGAUCCACGACUCUCCUGUUCAAGGCGUUUCAUGUUUAACUCUUUGUGCUGGAGAAGCAGUUAAUUUGGGGUCAGCCGGGUCACAAGGGACUGGACCCCUCGCGGUACAGCAAUGCUUUCAUCUGUUUCAAGGACCAAGUGAAUUCUAUUCUGAUUUGCCCCCAAUUGUUGGGCCACGAGGACAUCUGCCCCCUGGAGGGGUAAAACUGACUCCACCAUAUUUUACGAAUACAGGGUUCAUGUUUUACUUGGCAUUUUGAACAAAACUGUGCUUGACGUGGGCUGCGUGUGCGACCUCCACGUUUAUUCGGGGCUUCCCUCCUCCUUCGGUGCGCCGAUCGCUGGUGGAGGAAUCUGGCCAGACAAGCUUUUGCCCCCUCAAGUCCUGUGGGGGGGGGGGGGAAAUAGGAUCUUACCCUCCUGCCCCUGAUUGGAGAAACUCUUCUCCCCCUUGUGCUAGAGGAAGAGUGACGCCUAAUUCCACUGGGUCUCCUGAUGCCCCAGAACCCCGCUUAUGCCUGAAACCCCAGUCAUAAAACCAUCCUCCGAGCCGGUCUGAAAGCCCCCCGAGAGUGAAGAUGGGGUGCGAUGCUGCGUCGGUUGGGGGGCCAUGACUGUCCUUUUAAAGGGAAGGAAUGAAAUGAGUUUUACCCAAUAAAAUGCAUUAAAAUAA